UGUAUUGAACGUGUCCACCUUCUCCUGUAUACAGAAAGAAAAGGUCCUCUGGUUUGUUAAAGGAAGGAUGUGGGGGUCCAUCUCCCUUGAUUUUUUGCUUCUUUAAUGUAUGGUGACGGCGCAUGAACAUUUAGAGUAAUGUGACACAACUGUCCUAGAAUGGGCUGCUGCAGUGUGACAGCCAGGGGUGCCAACGCUAAAGAUGAUAUACAUGAAGAAGUUGAAUUGCUACGGAUAGGAGAGAGCAAGAAACAGUCAUCCAUUGGGUCUCCAUCUACCGCGGUGCCAAGUGGAGGAUCUACCUAUUUUCACCAAGAAUGCACUGGGACAAUUCUGACGUCUGGAAAUAUUCACACUUGUUUAGUGGAUAAACUUAACCAAAAGGCACUGUUUUGGGGAAAAUCUCACAAUGACUUAAACUGCAUGAUUUUAUUGGAGCCUAUCCGAGGCUGGGAAGGUCAGGAUAUUCAAACAUAUGGACAUAUUGUCAUGUCUUCGUUAGCUGUCAUGCAGAUGAAUCAAACACAGGAGAUAUUUGAGUGCUUUUUGGUGUUGUUCCCUUUCCAUUUACUUAUUUUGACCAUGGAUCACUACGAAAGAAGAUUUAUUUACCAGGGCCUCCUACCUCUUUCUGGAAUGAGUGUGGUUUGCGCUAAUGCAAGUACGGGACAUACACUGCAAAUCAGCGGUCCAAUGAUAGAACCUCGUCAGCUGUCCUGCCUUAGCUCCAGUGAAAGAAAUCUUUGGAUGGGCACUCUUCAACACCACAUUCAGGAAGCCAAUACUCAUUGUCCCCCCAUUUCACCAAACAUUAGCAUUUUACCCUACCUGGUGCCAUGUGACAAAUUGUGGAAAAAGAAAGAACUAAUUAAAUAUUUAAUGCAUUGCCCCAUCCAGAAGUGGGAAGGCAAAGCAAUCCAGCACCUGGGCACUGCCAUUUUCUUGUCUGCAGCACGGGUGGCUCACGCCAUAGAUGCGGACUUUGAAGAUCGACUUCUGGUUCUGUUUCCUGAUGACUUGGUGUUCCUCUCUUUAGAUGCUAAGAAAACAACUGUGACACAUCAUGGUACACUUCCAUUAAAUGCAAUUCGUGUCAAGGAAAGCAUAGUGUAUAACGGGAGACUGGAGUUUCUUAUCACAGGUGAUCUUAUGGAACCAAUUGUCAUCUCUUAUUUGACUGCUGAGGAUUACAAUAAAUGGAUAUUCUAUCUACAAAAGCCAGAGCAAGACAGUUGUUCCAUCAGCCUGCGCCCUCCACCAUCGGUGCCUUCUAAACACAGAAAAAGAUAAAAAGAUAAGCAAAUUUCUUGAAAGGGUUCUGAAGAAAAGUUAGCCUUCGAGAAGGGAAAAAACACAUACACUGCUCGUGUGGUUUGUAAAGUCAAACUGGAAAUUACUGAUGUAUCGUUGACUAAAGCACAGACUGAGGAUGUCAGUUGCUACAAAAGCAGCGUUAUCUGUAUAUCAAAAUAACAGACAUUCAGAACGUUGUCCAGGAAGACGGCACAAGUAGAAA